AUGGCUGCAACCUUGCAAGGCCACCAGGUCCAUCCCGGCGGCCGGACAUGGAAGAGCCACUUUCCCAAAGGUGAUUUAUGGGUAUUUGGUUACGGGAGCUUGAUUUGGAAACCACCACCGCACUAUGACCAACGGGUCCCAGGUUACAUCGACGGCUACGUACGACGAUUCUGGCAGGCCCUCGGUGGCGUUUUCCAGGCUAGACCCCGCCGGCUGGGGCUUAGGUCUAUCGUCUAUCGCCUACCGUAUCGGGAGUUGGGGAUGCUGAUUCCGGCCAAUAGUACCGAUCAUCGAGGCACGCCUGAGCAGCCGGGUAGAGUGGUUACCGUUAUUGAGCGGACUUUUUGGGAGACGCUUGAUGAUCCGCUAGCAAAUGUCGAGUCCGAAUCAGCCUCUACUGGCAAAGUCUGGGGCGCCGCGUACCACAUUCCAUCCUCGCAUGCCGAGGAAGUCCACGACUACCUGGAUGAGCGCGAGAUCGACGGUUACAGCGUGCACUACACGCCUUUCUAUCCGUUUUCAGAAGAACCCUCGAAAUUUACAGGAGACGACUCAGCCCCGAUCAUCUGCAUGGUGUAUAUCGGACAGCCGACCAACCCGCAGUUUCUGCGGGACCCAGCACAGCGAGACCCCGAAGACGUGGCACAGGUUAUUAGCGCUGGGCAUGGUCAGAGUGGGAAGGGGACGGAGUAUCUCUAUCUGCUCGAGAAGGCGCUUGACGGCCUGGGUCUGGGGACGGCCGAUGUCCAUGUCACGGAUUUGGUAAGACGGGUUAAGGCGAUUGAGGCUGCGGGCGAGGGCGAACAGGAGGAGAGGGAGGCCGAGAAGAGUGUCCAGCGGUCUCUGGCAGCGGCCGAGGCGGUGGUACUGGACGGUAAUAUUGAGUAA